CCUCUCGCGAUAGUAACUUGCUUAUGCAGCCGCCAUAUUCUGUGACAGUAUUUUGAUUCGUAUCUGCUGGAAGUGAGGAAAAAGAGAAAAGUGAAGGGCUGUCGAGGGGAGGGGGGGGGCUGAAGAAGAGGAGCUGUCAAAAAGUUAUUCCCGAGUCUCUGUCAAACGGCGGAAAGCUAAAGCUCCCUCCCCUGACGCUAUUUCGAGGACACACAAGGCCCGGGGCCUCGGUGCAGUUAGCUCUUCGUCUCCCUGGUAGUAGCUGGACUCCUCUCGGCUUCUCCUGCCCCAGCUCCGCGGCCCUCUGGAGGUCCGGCGGCGGUCUCGGGUGUUGAAGGCGGCCCGGGGAGCGGCGGCGGCAGCACAUACGGAAAGAAGAUGUUCAAGAUGAAGGCGGUUUGCUGCCACGACUGACGCCCCAGUGCGCUGAACAGAACAAGCAGUCCUGACCUGGCAACAUACGAAUGGCCCAGGGAAGCCACCAGAUUGACAUUCAGGUUUUGCAUGACCUGCGCCAGAAGUUCCCUGAAGUCCCAGAGGGUGUUGUCUCCCAGUGUGUUCUGCAGAACAACAACAAUUUAGACGCCUGCUGUGAAUACUUGUCCCAGGUCAGUCCGGGCUACCUGUACAGUGAAGAAGGAAACCUUGGCUUCUCUGACGACCCUAGCUUCAUCAGGCUUCGUAAUCACAUGACCCAGCUGAACCUGGGCCUGCAGUCUCAGAAUGUGCAUGUGGCCCCGGGCCGGGACGGCCUGAGAAUGAACGGCAGUCGCACUCUGGCCCACAGCCUGAGUGACGGGCCCCUCCAGACAGGCCAGGCCCCCAACAGUGACUUCUUUCAGCAGGAGCCCCAGUCAGCCCCAGUGCAGGUGCCCUCCAGCAUCAAUGUGUCUGGUGCGAUGGAGCCCACAAGCAAACCGCAGCCUCCAAAGCACCUUGGACUCUACCCUCUGGGUGUCAAAGGAGCAUCUAUGGGUGUCCAGCAGACGCCACGCUUCAACCCCAUUACCGUGACGCUAGCCCCCAAUAUCCAGAAAGGUCGCAACACUCCCACUUCAUUGCACAUACACGGUGGUCCACAGUCAGGCCUCAGCAGUCCACAGGGUAACUCUAUUUACAUCAGGCCUUAUGUUAGCCAGUCUGGUACGACCCGGCAGAACCACCACCAGGGAGGCAGGGCCCAGUACAGCCCCACAUCCCAGCCCCAGCAGCAGAUCUACCAGAUUUCACACCCCUCCUCCAUGUCCGGCUCCUGGUCCGGCCCUCAGCACGCCUCCUCCUCACAUACCUCACAGCACCAGACCCAGGGCCACCAGACCUCUCAUGUCUACAUGCCAAUCAGCUCCCCCACAAAUCCACAGGCGCCCUCCAUUCUUCCCACUGGAAGUCAGGCCUCUUCCUCCGGUGUCUCCUCUUGCUCUUCUUCCUCUUCCUGCUCCUCUGUCAUGCCCACGUCCCUGUCUACCAUCAGCCAGUACAACAUCCAGAACAUCUCCACUGGCCCACGGAAGAAUCAGAUAGAGAUCAAACUUGAAUCUCCUCAGAGGAGCAACUCCACAACCACAACUGCCGUGUUGCGGACGAGCAGUGGACCCCGGUCCUCCUCCACCUCCUCCUCCUGCCCUGCCUCUUCCUCCUCUUCAACUGGGGUGGCUACUGUCCCCACCACCCCUCUCUCCAUCGGAGGCCCUGGUCUGAGCCGCAGCCAACCCACUGUUUACAUCUCUGCCAGCCCGCCUACUGCUGCUACCACUCCCUCUGAGGAGGCUAUCAUGGCCUCAGCCGGCUCCCGCUCCCAACCUAAGUUUUACAUUUCGGCCAAUGCCUCCAGCGAUGACAGUGGGGGAAGGAACCCUCCCACAGUCUACAUCUCAGCCAACCCUCCUUUACAGGGCUCCUCAGGGGCCAGGAACAUGGGGGGCCAAGUGAGCAUGGGCCCCGCCUACAUCCACCACCAUCCACCUAAGUCCCGUGCCUCUUUAGGAGGGGGAGGCACAGCUUCUUCUCCACGUGUGGUGGUGACUCAGCCCAACACCAAAUACACUUUUAAAAUCACAGUGUCCCCCAAUAAGCCCCCGGCUGUGUCUCCCGGAGUCGUGUCCCCUACUUUUGAUCCCAAAAACCUCCUCAGCCUACCCUCAGACCACCACUAUGUGGAGCCAGACCCCCUCCAUCUCUCAGACCCGCUGUCACCACAUAAGGAGAGACCGAGUGAGCCUCGCAGACUCAGCAUGGGCUCUGAUGAUGCAGCAUACACACAAGCGUUGUUGGUCCAUCAGAAGGCCCGCAUGGAGAGGCUAUGGCACGAGCUGGAGCUGAAGAAAAAGAAGCUGGAGGAGCUAAAAGAGGAGGUCAAUGAGAUGGAAAACGACUUGACCAGGAGACGGCUGGAGAGAUCCAACUCCGCCUCCCAAAUUCCUUCUAUUGAGGAAAUGAAGCAGCUGCGAUGCAAAAACAGGUUACUGCAGAUCGACAUCGACUGCCUCACCAAAGAAAUUGAUCUCCUUCAAACAAAAGGACCACACUUUAAUCCCAGUGCAAUCCAUAACUUUUAUGACAACAUUGGAUUCCUCGGUCCUGUCCCACCCAAACCCAAAGGUACUUUAUCUAUUGACAGGAGAGGAUGUAGAUAUAAUGUGACCUCUGAGCUCAUGAUGGAGCCCUCCUCUGGUCCUUCCCCUUCUCUCCCACUCGACUCGGGCAGUAAGAUUGUGAAGCCCAUCGCAGACCAGGAGGAGGACGAGGGGACGCAGUGGAGCUGCACCGCCUGCACCUUCCUCAACCAUCCCGCUCUCAACCGCUGUGAACAGUGCGAGUUCCCGCGGCACUUCUGAGCCAACGAGGCUGCCACACGCCGCCGCCGCCUGUCUUCUACCGGACCAGAAUAGCAAAGGGCCUUUCUGUUGUCCUUUUUCGGUUGUUUCAUGAAAACUCGGACGGUGGGGGGCAUCGUCAUCGUGCAUCAUGCGUCCUGUUUUUUCUUUUUCUUUCCUCCUCUCUAAGGUUUGUAGGACGCUGUCCACGGAAGGCUUGACUGGAUAGCGUUUACGGCUUUACGGCUGGCAGAGUGGGAUAAUACCUCACCUUAGAGACUCGGAUGGCGUUGGGGGGGACACUUUACCCCUGGGGAUACCUCGCUGCUCCCACUUACAGUAUUACGAGUGUGGCCCUGCAGUGUGACGGCACGCAUACACACACCUACAUACACACCUACAUACACACACAACCAACCCAGGUGCCAACGUGCCUUCUUUGCUGAUUACAUUUUAGUUUUAUUUCCUGUGUGGUGGCAUGGUCGCGGAUUUGGGAACUGUGUUCAGCCACUGCUCUCCAUCUGAAGGGAAACUAACAGACUAAUCGUGGACUUUAAAGUUUGUUUGCUGUUUCUAGUGGAUGUCCAAGGGGGACCACUCAAACGUGCCUCUUGUCCUUCCCCCCUUCACCUUUUCUGUCUCUUCAGUCAUGAGUUAAUGAAAAAAAAAAAAA